AGUUCCUAAACGUGGGGUGUUUUGCCUUACACCGCUCAACCUCUAAUAUUAAUGUUGCCAACCUGGUGCACGAGCAUAUAUCGAUCACGGAGCGGGCUCCCGAGUUCUAGGUAGUGGGAUAUGGGACAGAAUGGUACAACGCAUGUUUGCGAGGCUACGCCACGAAGUGAUAUUCGAAUUCGGAUACAUACUAGUACUUGAAUCGAUGGAUAAUCGGGGUGCCGUCUUAGAAGGAGCAGUCACAUGCACAUGUCAGAUAGCACACCCUUCCUAUCAUUCCGCCAUUCUUCUUGAGUGACUGAACUCGUUCGCAUCCUGCUGUUUGUCGACAAAUCGAAGUGACUUCUGCUAACAUGUCUAUGCUAAGGAAAGUGCCUUACACGAGGCUGGGCAAUUCUGGCCUGAAGAUCUCCAAAAUCAUACUUGGGACCAUGCAAUGGGUUCUCGGAGAGGAUGAAGCAGUCGAACACGUCAAGGUCGCUUACGAAGCAGGAAUUCAAACUUUUGAUACCGCCGAUACAUAUUCGAAUGGUUACUCGGAAGUGUUUAAUGUGGUCGGACGUGAAUUCAAUAUCCCCCAGCUUGCCGGGCGCAAAGACCCAGAUCAGAAUGGUUAUGUGAACCAGCAUGGCCUCAGCCGGAAGCAUAUCUUCGCAAGCGUGAAAAAGAGUUUGGAGCGGCUUCAAAUGGAUUAUAUUGACGUUCUACAAUGUCACAGAUUCGACAAUGAAACACCGAUCGAAGAGACGAUGCAAGCAUUGCACGAUGUGGUCAAAGCCGGCUAUGUUCGCUACAUCGGAAUGAGUUCUUGCUGGGCGUACCAGUACUAUGCAAUCACAAACAAGCUCACUCCCUUCAUUUCCAUGCAGAACCACUACAGUCUACUCUAUCGCGAGGAGGAGCGCGAGAUGUUCCCUACUCUCAAGAUGUUCGGUGUCGGCUCGAUUCCAUGGUCUCCACUGGCGCGUGGUGCCCUCACACGCCCCCUCGGGCAGCAGACAAGCAGAGGUCAGACUGAUUGGUUCAUUGGGAAUUAUGCCCAAGCAUCGUCAUACGAAACUAUCGUUAACCGGGUCGAAGAACUUGCCAAGAAGAAAGGUGUGACCAUGGCCCAAAUAGCCAUAGCAUGGAUCUUGACGAAGGAAGGGGUAUCGGCUCCUAUUGUUGGAACCACGAGUAUCGCAAAUCUGAAAGAUAUCAUUGCCGGAAUAGACGUGAAACUUACGGUGGAGGAGAUCAAGUUCCUUGAGGAAGAGUACAAACCGACUGCUGUGAUUGGUCACUUCUGAGUGGUUCAACGAUGUGCAGCUCUCUUAGAUACAUAUUGGUUCUGAUUCGUUGCUUGCUCAAUGAACAAAUUUUAAAUUUUAA